AUGAUAACCGGUGGAGGUAGUGGAGUAGUACAAGUCCAUAGCAUUAUAGCAAGGCUGUUUAUACAACAUCAUGCCAAGGUUCUCAUUGUCAAUAUCCAAGAUGAACUUGGUCGCUGCCUCUAUAUGAAGAACUUGCCUCCCAAAAUUCAACAUCUUACAUUCCUUGUGACACGCGACUCCGAAGUGCAAAACGUUGCAGACUUGGUUGUCUCCAUGAAUGCAAAGCUUGAUGUUAUAUACAACAACGCUGAUGUUUCAAGCGACGUGGAUCCCAGAAUCUUAGCUACCACCGGUGAUGAAUUCAAAAGGGUUGUUGAUGUCAAUUUGUUUGGUGCUUUCUCAGAGCUAAACAUGCAGCCAUAA